AUGAUCAGUGGUGUAGUCAUCCUCGAUCGUAAUGGAGAAGUCUUGUGUAUCCGUCGCUACCGCCGCGAUUUUGAUGACACAGCUCUCGAGAACUAUAGGAUUGGCAUCAUCGCUGCUAAGGAAGUCACCUCCCCAGUCGAUCUUGUCGACGGCACGUCCUUUCUUCACUAUUUGGAGAAUGAAAUUUACUAUGUAGCAGCAACAAGACAAAAUGUCAACGUUGGUUUAAUUUUCGAAUUCCUUUCACGCAUUCCAAAACUCAUCAAAUCCGUAAUCGGUGUUGAAUGCACAGUCAACGAGCUCAAGACACAUACACCAGAUGUUCUUGAACUCCUUGAUGAAAUUUGCGAUACAGGUUACCCACAGAACACAGAUCCAGAAGCUAUCCGCGGCUUAACACAGCGUCCUUCCUCAAACAAGUCAGAAUCAGGUCAAGAAAACCAGAUCACAAUCUCCGCUACAGGUGCCGUCUCAUGGCGUACCAACGUUAAGUAUCGUACAAACGAAAUCUACGUUGAUGUUGUUGAGAAGGUCUCCAUGCUUGCCUCUGCUGGUGGCAAGAUCCUCGAUGCCUCCGUCAACGGCGCUAUCAAUAUGAAGGCUUAUCUCUCAGGUAUGCCCGAAUGCAAGAUUGGCUUCAACGAUAAGAUCUCCGGCCAGGCAGGCCAGUACAGCGGUGGCGGUGGAGCUGUUUCCAGAGCAGGCGCAUCAAUCGAAGUCGAUGAUAUGGUCUUCCAUCAGUGCGUCAAACUCACAUCUUUCGCCAAUGACCGUGCUAUCGCUUUCAUCCCUCCAGAUGGCGAGUUCGAGCUUAUGAGAUACCGUAAGACAGAAAAUGUUUCACUUCCAUUCAAGAUUGACCCACUUGUCAAGGAUAUCUCAAAGAAUAAGAUUGAAAUCCGUGUUUCAGUUACAUCCAACUAUGAUAUGAAGCUCUCAGCUACACCACUCAUUGUUAAGAUCCCAAUGCCAGAAAACGCAUCAGAAACUCAGAUCGAACAAUCCCAGGGCAAGGGUGUCUUCGUAGGUGAACAGAACGCUGUUAUCUGGAAGAUCAACGGUUUCGCUGGUAAGACACAGGCUGAUAUUACAAUCUACGUUACUUGCCUCGCUUCUACUACAAAUGAGUCCCCAUCCCUCAAGAUUAAGGACCCAAUCUCUUGCGAGUUCAACAUCCCAAUGCUUUCAGCUUCAGGCUUGGCCCUCCAGUACCUCAAAGUAGUCGAAAAGAGCAAUUACACUCCAGAUAAGUGGAUCCGCUACUUGACACAGGCUGGUAAAUAUGAGGUUCGUAUGGUUUAA